CCCACCCUGGCCACUCCCUGGCAGACGCAGCUCAGCUGGGCGCCCUGCGCAGCCUCCCGCGGGCAUGGGGACCCCAGCCCUGACAGCUCCCCCAGACAGUCCUGCUCCUCAUCCUCAGGUGAGCCAGGAGCCCAGGGACUACCUCAAAGCUGAGCAGUGUCCCUUGCCCGGGGUGAGGCUGGUGAAGGGCUGAAGGCUGAUUCUACCCAGAAGAUGGACAGAGUCACCAGGCACUUGGUCUUCCAGCUCCCAGAGACCAGGCAGGACUACAGUGAUGCUCACCAAGCUGACAGUGAGGAGGAUGUGUUUGGCUCAACUCCACACAGCAGCCAGAGGGUGGAAAGCAGCUCUGGCUGGAAAAGGAGGUCAAAGCCAUCGUCUAAUUUCCUGGAUGAUGGAAAAGAUCUCUGGACCUCGUCCCCAGACAGGGACUCCAAGCUGGAUGUGGUGAAGUCAGGAAGCCUCUACGACCUCAGGGCUUACAAGGGCGAGAGGAAACCCUCCAAGCUUUACGAGGAGGAUGAGCAGGACCAGCGCAGGGUCCCUCCACCAAACAUCUCGCCCGAGAAGGCCAAAGAGCUUGAGGAUGAGAGGAGGGAGAUCAUCCGGAGCCAGGUGAUGAGGAAGAGCUCUACCAUAGCCGAGAGGUGGAGCUCCAUGGAUGAGCUGAGCUCCAUAAACACCAGCACUGGCACCUUCACCAGCAGCUUUGCCCUUUCCUUCGACAGACCUUCCCCCAGGAGGGCAGUGACCCCUGUUGACUCCGAGAACAUCGACACCGAGCAGAUCAACUUCUCUGCCGCUCGGCAGCAGUUCCUGAUGCUGGAGAAGACCAACCCAGGCUCUUUUUUCAGCCCAGGACAGCAGGCUGUGUCUCCAAAGCCAGAGCUGAUGACAAAAGUCUCCAGGCAAGAGUGGCACAGCCCCGAGACGGCCACGAAGGCGGCGAGAGGUCAGGGUAAUGCUGGAGCAUCCAGCCAGAGCAAGAGGGACAAGAAUGUGUAUCAGGUCUACACUGUGUCCUACAAGACACCUGUGAAGGAGGAGAUCUAUGCUCCCAGCAGCAGGCUGUACCCCACUGGGAAGAUGUCCACCUUGACUAAAGCAUCUUCCAGAGAGGACCUGGACUCCGGCUUGGGCGAGAUGUACAACGAAGGCAACGCAGGCGACGGCAGUGAUGGAAGCACAUCCAACGAGAUCUUCAACGGCCUGGUGGAGCUGAGGACGAGCAGCAACGGCCUGGACAAGGAGACAAAGACCAGCAACGAGACACCCAUCGAGAGGGAGAUCCGCAGGGCCAUGGAGAGGGAGGAGAACCUCUGGAAGGAGAGGGGGAUCCAGCGGCUGACCUCUGGCAGCGAGAUGGUGGAGAUCCAGACCAAGCCUCUCUUCUUCAUGCAGACCUCCCCGGGGCCGGGCAGGAAAGGGAAGGACAAUGGCCGUGCUUCCCUUUAUGUCCAGAGGGAAAUCGAGCAGGAAACCAAGCGUGAGGAAGAUCUGAGGAAGCAGGGCAGGCUGCUGGGGACGUACGACAGGGGGACGCAGCAGGAGCUGGACGAGCGCAGGAGAGUGUUCGAGCAGGAGGAAGCCUCCCCCCAGCAGCCCCUCCCCACGAGGAAGGCAGAGGAGCAGAGGAGCUGGGUGAAUGAGUUUGUGGUGGAGCAGCCCCUGAGCCACAGCUCCCACCUUGCAGAAGACACCAGGAGCGGGAGACGCCUUCCCAGCUACCCAACAAGCAUCACACUCUUCCAGACCACCCAGCCGCACUUUGUCAUCAGUGAGAAGAGACAGGAGCAGCCCCGGGGGUCCCAGCGUGCCUCCAUCAGCACCAGCACACGGAGGAGUGAGGAUUCCUGGGCAGGAAGGCUUCCCAGCUCCACCCCGAGCCCCACCAGCACAGUUGUCCUGCCCAGAAAGUACUUCUCCCUCGCCUUCUGGAAUCCCAAGUUCUACUUCUUGGACGAGAUGGGGACGCAGAACCCGCUGAGAAGGGAGGACGGCCGGGAGGAGCAGUACAAGCUGAGGACCUGGAAGCCCCAAACCUCGGCGCUGAUCGAGGAGGAGAUCCGGAGCGACUUGCAGAGGGAAGAGGAGCUGCAGGAGCAGCGGCGACGGCGGCAGCAGCAGCUGCUGGAUGGCUGCUCCCUGGUCAGCAGCGACCCUGGAGCUCUCCAGGAGGGCUCCCGCUCACGGCACAGCUCGGCUGCCUCAGGUGUCAGCGGCACCUACUCGGUGUCCGGGUCUCCUGCCUCCACUCCUGUCUCACACCAGGGGGUCCUGGGGCUGAUGUCGUCCUUCACGCCGCUGAGAGUGGCCAGUCCCUCCCAGGGCAGCACAGAGACCCUCGGCUCUGACUCGGCUCGUUCCAGCCCCUUCGAGGAGCGGAGGAGGAGGGUGAAGGAGGAGGGAAAGUAUGCAGGCAUCGAACCUGUUGACAGGAUCAACACAGAGGUGGUGGAAAGCACCCGGGUGAUCCGCCACAAGAGCGCCAUGGCCCAGCGCUGGGAGGCUGGGCAGUACGUGAGGGACGAGGACUGAGGGGCUCGAGGGGCCAGGGAGGGAGGAAGGCACAAGGCCACCACAAGGCCUCAGCCCGUUGGGCACCACCUGGCACACGCUGGAAGCGCCUGAGCCCUUCGGAAGCUCCUGGUUAGCACCUGAAGCAGAGACUUGUACAUAGAAAACCUCCCCCAUUUUU